AUGGCCGACGCAGCCGAGGAUAGGAAUCCAAUCGUCUUCUUCGAUGUCACGUUAGGAGGGGAAAAGUUGGGGAGGAUUCAGAUGGAACUCUACAAGAAUGUCGUGCCAAAGACAGCUGAGAACUUUCGUCAGUUCUGUACUGGAGAGACCAAGAACAACCGUGGUCAGCCACAGGGCUACAAGGGCUGCAAGUUCCAUCGUGUAAUCAAGAACUUCAUGAUCCAAGGAGGUGACUUCAUCAACGGUAACGGCACCGGCUCCAGGACCAUCUACGGAACCGACAAGUUUGCCGAUGAGAAUUUCACAUUGAAGCACGACAAGCCUGGGUUGUUGUCAAUGGCCAACAGUGGGCCGAACACAAACGGUUGCCAGUUCUUUAUCAUCACAGCAAAGCACGGAACACCACAUCUGAACGGCAAGCAUGUAGUUUUCGGCAACGUCAUCGAAGGCAUGGAGGUUGUCACCAAGAUCGAGAACACGAGGACCGUCGCAAAUCCGGAAGGAAAGCCAGUGCAGGAUAUUGUCAUCUCGCAGUGUGGAGAGAUGUAA